GGAGGAUUCGAAAAGUGGCGGGUGUGGGAGGGAGCGGGCGGGGCUGUCCCGUCCUGGGCUGUUCUCCGGGAUCCCGCCUGUCCGCGGGUGUCUCCUGUCAGCGGCUCCCGGGGCCGGUGUCUCCUCGGGCGGUGUUGCCGUCCGCCGGCUUCGUUCCGCUCCGUUGAGGCGGCGCCGCGGUGUUGGAGCGCAUCCCGCGGAUCCAUGAGGGUUCGGCCGCUCUGAGGGAGCCCGAGUAGGGAAGACCAAUUCCAGGAUGAAACGUGAAGCGUUUUUGCAAGUUGUGUCUAAAGAGUCAAUUGAAGACUUCCUGCAUUACACUCAGAAUCCUGAAAAUACAUUAGAUCAUUUUGACUUGAAUGAGCUACUUCAAGAGUUGCCAAGAAAGCAAAAAGAAGUGUUAUGGCAGAGACUAACACAACUAUUGACAGAGAGCUUGAUGGAGAACCCUGUGGAAACAUGGCACAGGACUGGAGGUGAUAAAUGUGAUGAUGACAUGGAAGUUGACAUAGUUCCAGAAAUGAAACAAACUGUAGCAGUGAUCCAAGGAGUGGCAGCUGUCGUUACUGCUUCCAUACCUGCGGUGGAUGAAAGUGUCAACUACAAAGCUCUUGUAGAAUGCGUUUUUAUAUUGAACAGUAUUUUUACUGCAUUACCUGCAUCUGAAAAAAUCUUACAGGAUGCUGUCCAACAUGUGUGUGAAAUGUGGUGGGAGAAGGGACUGGAAGGGAAGGAGCAGCUGGGGAAGACUCUGUUUGCCAUUCUGCUGAGAAAAAGCCUGAAUAAAGCUGCUACGGGUGCAGAUAUAGUUCGUCUGUGGAAUCUACAUCAGACAUUACUUUGUUUUGAUUAUGAUUCAGAUGAGAGUAAUGAAGUCAAGGACUUGUUGCUUCAGUGUUUUAUGAGUGUAAAACACAUUAAGAAAGAAGAGGGAAGAAGACUCCUGAGUUUUUUAUUCAGCUGGAAUGUAAACUUCAUUAAAAUGAUACAUGGAACUGUUAAAAACCAAUUACAGUUCUUUCCAAGAUCCUUGAUGGAAUACAUUUCAGAAAUUUACUUCAGGGCCUGGAAGAAGGUGUCAGGAGAAUUCACAGAGGUACUUGAGUAUAACUGCAUUCAGGAUUUCAUGCAUCAUGGAAUUCAUCUUCCCAGAAGUUCUUCUGUUCAUUCUAAAGUUAGAGAGAUGCUGAGUUAUUUUCAUAAACAAAGUAAAGUUCGUCAAGGAGUUGAAGAAAUGCUCUAUAGAUUGUAUCAGCCCAUCCUCUGGAGAGCACUGAAGGCCAGAAACAAAGAAGUUCGAGCAAAUGCAGCAUUUUUGUUUGUUGAUGCUUUUCCUAUUCGUGAUCCCAGUUUUACUGCUGAAGACAUGGACAAUGAAAUUCAGAAACAGUUUGAAGAACUUUUUAAUCUCUUAGAAGAUCCUCAUCCAGUUGUCCGCUCUACAGGGAUCCUUGGAGUUACUCAGAUCACAUCCAAAUACUGGGAGAUGAUUCCUUCAACGAUUCUUGCUGAUCUUUUAAAAAAGAUAACUGGAGAUCUGGCCUGUGAUAUAACAUCUGCUGAUGUUCGAUGCUCUGUUUUUAAAUGCCUACCAAUAAUUUUGGACAACAGAUUAAGUCACCCACUCCUGGAACAGCUCCUGCCUGCAACCAAACACAGUCUUCAUGACAAUUCUGAGAAGGUGCGAGUGGCUUUUGUGGAAAUGCUGCUCAAAGUGAAGGCUGCCAAGGCUGCUAAGUUCUGGAAUAUCUGUCCCAUGGAGCACCUCCUGUCUCGCCUUGAAGCCGACUCUCGGCCGGUGUCGCGGCGCAUCGUGAACCUGCUGAUGAACUCCUUCUUCCCCCCUGGCCAGCCCGAGGACGUGUGGUGUGAGCGCUGUGUCACUCUGAUCCAGAUGAAUCCAGCUGCAGCCAGGAAAUUCUAUCAAUAUGCUUGUGAAUUUACUGCCCCCACCAAUAUAGCAAAAUUGAUGCUUACUAUUCGGCGCUGCUUGAAUGCCUGCAUCCAAAAAUCAGUGAAAGAGAGGCUUCAUGACAGUGAUGAUGAUGAUGAUGAUGAUGAUGAUGAUGAUGAUGAUGGUGAUGAAGAUGAAAGUGGAAAGGAGAACACCAGUGUGUUGGAUAAUGUGCUGUCAGUGAAUGAUGUGGCCAGCAUGGCAAGUUUGUUGGAGAUCACUGUAAUACUUUGGAGAAGUAUCCACAAAGCACUAGAUCACAAUGAAGAUGCCAAAGAUUAUGCUAUCAAGAAGUUUGCUGCUGUACUUCCUGAAUAUUUUAAAGUAUUUAAGGAUGAGCGGUGCAUGACUCCACUGGUUAUUCUGGCAUCCUUUUUGCCCCCUGCUGCUAUUCCUACAUUCAGCUGUGGUGUGGUUUCCAGACUCAGAAAUACUGAUACUGGAGCUGACCAAAGCAAAUAUUCUAUCCUGAUCGACUGCCUGUGCCGCUGGGGUCAAGUGGGGCACGUCAUGGAAUUAGCCUAUGACUGGCUGUCUGACUCACUCACCCCCACAAAGAAUACUAGAACAUCUAAACAUCGAGUACGCAUCCAAAUAACAGAUGAAUCAAAGCCAGACUUGGCAGUUGAUUACAUUGAGUAUUUAUUGACUCAUCCUGUCAAUCGUGAUUGCCUCCUUUCUGUUCCUAAAAAGACACUGAAGAAGCUUUUGAGGAUCCUCGGUGCUGCAAAGAGGGUUCUUGACUCAAUUCUGAAAGGAACAGAUUCUGGUGGCUGGAAUCAAGCAACCAGCCUAAGAGCCUUCAGCCUCUUUUGCAGAUUGAGUAUUCAUCUUCAGCACAAGUUUUCUGAAGAAGGAGAAGAUUACCUUUCACUUCUGACGCAGACAGGUGCUUGGAUAGAAAAUCAAGUUGUACCUUUUAUACCAGCAAGUGAUCAAGAGGAUGGUAUUUCAAAACACAGUGAAGUUUCUGAAUUAAUUAUCCAGGCCUAUCUGACAGUGUGCAAAGAUGUCAUAAUGGUGGGCCUGGGAAAUACCACGUUUCAAGCACACCUCUUAGAAAUGGCUCUUCUGAUUAUGCAAACAGAGAGAGGUGGCUUCUGUGCUCCAGUGUUGCUGUGUGUUCUAAAAGAGAUCAUUGAAGCUUCUUUAAAUCAGAAUGCUGAGACAGAGGAAGUGGCAAAUCUUUUCCACACUCUACAGAACAUUUUUCAGAAAAUUUUAGAAUGUGUGGUACAUAGACUUAAGAAAGAACAGGAAAAAGGAAUUCAGUUGAUUCGCUCUAUUCAGAUGCCUCUUGGAGAAUUCAUCCAUGCACUGCAGUGCUGGCAUUCCUCAUUCCCAGCAGUUCACCAGGGUGUACUCUCCACUCUUUUGGCUGCAAUAGUAGCAGAAAUAAAUUGUGUGCUACAGAAGGCUUCCAGUGGAGAAGAUUUAACCAUGCCAAAGACUAUUUCAGACCUUCCCCCUCUUUCAAGCUGUUUAAUGGCUGUAAUUAUGAAGUCAGUUCAUGUUGUCAGGUCAAUUUUAAAUGAAUUAAUGGAGUGCAUUCUCUCUGAAGAAAUUGAAGGGAUUUUUAGUCUAACUGCUACUGUCUGCAUUGUGAUUAUAAUUAAAGGUAAGCACAAAACUUCACUUCUAAAGGAUAUUGCACCUGCCAUUCAAAGGAAACUGACAAUAUGCAGGGAUGCUGCCACAGGAGAAUCCAGCAGCAUUGAAAGAUUCCUGUGUGAAUCAUCUCUGAAAAUUUUGGAUGAGUUUUUGAAUCCUUGACCACGCAGAAGCUUUUGUCGUGAAAACUGAGGGAGAUGUAUUGCUUUUUGAAAAACUUAUCUUGUAAACUUGUGAAUUGUUUAAGAUUGUUUUCUAUUCUGUACAUUUAAAGCAAAAAAAAUGUAUAAAGAUGUGUAUAGAAAUUACAUAAUAGGAAAGAUUUUUCAACACCUGCAAAGGGGUUAUUCUGUAUAAAAAUGUCUUCUUGCGGGGAGUGUAAAAUCAGUAUUUUUGUAUCUUUGUAUUUGUAAAACAAAUAAUAAUUCUAUCAUAAAUACUCUUGAAACUGAGGUCACACGUAACCUCAGUCUCUGGGGGCGACUAGAGCAUUUUCCUAGGCAUUAUGUAAAUGAAUCUUAUUUUGAGAUAUGUGAGGGUCCAAAGGGUGAUUGGGAAUAGCCAUCAUGCCUUUACCAGGGGCAAACUCUGCCUAGCCAGCCUGAUUUCCUUCCCUUUGGUAGAAGAAGAGAGAGCACAGCAUGUCCUGUUUCCUGUCUUUGGCAAAGACUUUUACACAGUCUCACACAGUCUUACAGCCAAACUGGAGAGAGAUGGGAUGAAUGGGUAGACUUGGAAGAUGAGUGGGAAACCGGGUGGACCAGAGUGGAAGAGUCAUCUGCUAAGGGCAGAGAUUGGCAGCUGUGGCUGUGGCACUGCUGAGGGCAGGCCCUGCUGCCAGGGCUGCUUGGUGACAGGGUGGGAGCAGCCUCGGACUGAUGGCAGAUGACAGCAGCGGGGAGCCACAGCUGACACCGAGGGGCAUCUCCUGGUGUUCAGAAAGACCUGGACCUGAUGGACAAAUCCUGCACCACCCGGAGGCACCUGCUCCAGGGCAGCUUCUUGCCGCCUUCACCUGACUGCAGGAGGAUAAAGGAAAAACUUUCCCCAGAGCUGAACAGAGGAGAAUAUGAGGCUACAGAAACAAUUUGGCAAAGCAAUUUCUUAUCAUUAUGAGAGUGAAUUGGAGCUGGAAGUGGAACUGGAAGAGGUUGCUCAGAAAGCCUGAGGAAUACCCAUUCUUGGAGAUGUGCAGAACUUGGCUGACAAGGAGGGCUCUGACCUUCCAUGGUGUCAUAGCUUUGGAGUUAGCUUUGCUGACCUUGGGUUUGGACCAGAUUCUCCCCAGAGCUUCCUCAUAACUUGAAUAUUCAGGUGAUUCAGUACCCAGUGCACUGGGGGGAAAUGUCUUAGCUAUUAAAACAUAGGCUUGAGUAAUAUAUAAAUUGUUUUAUAUUUAGCUAUUUUUAAAAAUUACAGCUAUUUUGAUAAGUUAGUACUAAUGAUGCAGGUAAUGCAGGCAUCUAAGCCACUUAUUUCAUUUUCUUCGUGCAACCAGCUGUUCUCCCAAGACUAAUAGAAUGCUGAUUGCACAAUGUUAUUUUGCCUUAAUGGAGAUACCUGUAAAUUACCUGUGAGCUCAUGGAGUGGUUCAAGCCCAGCCAGCAGCCAAGCACUGCUCAGCUGCUCCCUCACUGCCUCCACCCAUUUGGACAUGGGAUAAGGGUACAAGGGGGAAAGAGUACAAGUUAAAAAAAAAAAAAACAGUUGAAUAAUUAAGAAAAAAAUAAUAGUGCUUUUUCAAAUUGUGAAGAAAAUAGAUAAAAAGAGAGGGAAAUAAAACAAUACUGCCAGUCCCUGGGCAGUACCCUCCCCACAGCCUCCCCCCCAGUUGAAUGCUGAGCAUGGUGCCAUAUGGUGUGAGAUACCCCUUUGGUAGCUUGGGCUCCCCUGUCUACACUCCUGGUGGACUCCCAGCCUCCUCAGGAGUGGGGUGAGAAGCAGAGAGAGGUGGGGUGAGAAGCUGCGUAAGCCCUGCUCAGCAACAGCUGAAACAUCCGUGUUAUCAGCACUGUGUCCAGCACAAAUCCAAAAUAGAGCCCUAUAUCAGCUACUGUGAAGGAAUUUAUCUAAGCCAGAAGCACAGCUCCUGAGGCUUUAGUUUAGUCUGGUUUAGGAUAUUUAAUAGGAAUCUCCAGAAUACAAUGCAGCCACAGACCAGAGUCACAUCUGCCAGCUUAGGCCUAGAGAUGUGGACAUGCAGCACCUGGUUAUCUACAGUCAAAUGCAGUGAUCCUCAGGGUGGGCCUGUGCAAAAGGCUAUUGAGUCUCCAGUGUUAGUGACUGGCACUGACACUGAACCAAUUUGGCCAAAUUAAGACAGGCUCUUCAUUCUUGAUUAAGACUUGUGCAAAAGCUGUACCUCCCAUCUGUCUAAACAAACAUCUACUCUGCUGGUUUUCUUUCUGUGCUAAGAGACUGUAAGGUUUUUUCAAUAUCUGCUGUCAGUAUAAACAUCAUACAACCCAUACUUGACCUUGUACAUAAAACUUCCCGACUGGAUAAAAGCUGUUUUAGCUGGAAUGUUGAUAUUUAAAAGCAAUGCAGUUCUUAAUAAACGACUGGCAAGCUUUGCAACAGGACAGUCAGUGUGUGCAUGGAUUUAUGAGUUCCAGAUUUACCUCAUCCACACCAGUGGCCUGACCAAAGGAACUAAUGCUGCCCCAGCAGGUAGCUGCAGAUCUGCCAACUGUUUAUCUAUCAACAUCUUUAUAAAAACUGUGUUCUUUGGCCUUCAUUCUUCUACAUCUGUUAACAGGCAGGUGUUCCGGUAAUGACCUUUUAAAUCUUCUGAUUAUACAAAUUACUCAAUGAAUAUGUAAAUAAGUUUCUUUUUUCUGCUUCUCAGUCUCUCAGUAUUUGCUCAUAUCAUUAGAUUAGAAAAGAAUCCAAAUUUACUGCCUUGUUUUCCCUCAGUGUAUAAUUUUGCUUUUUUCAUGGAAUUCACGAUUCACAGAUGCCAUAGCCCUGCGCCUGAAGGAAAUAAAGGUCAUUCCAUCAACAUCAGAAAUACGAGGAUUUCCUUUGAAGAACCCAGAGGUGAAACUGCUAGGAAGGGUAAAAAAUUUAAAGAUAAACCUUUGUCUUCCUGGUGGCUGGUACUCAAGGGGUUCUUAAGAGGUUUGAAAUAAUUUUCUGUUAGUCCUGCAGCUGGUGAACAUAUUUCAGCUCAAUUUCUAGUCUGGCUCUACUAAACUACUCUGCCAUGAAAAAACAUUGGCUUUCUGCAACACAAAUAAUGGUGUUGGGAUUCCUUGAGCCGCGGUCUGCUGGGCCUUCUCCUUAGGCCUUUGUGGCAAAUUUCAAAAGAAUAUUGGAGGAGUUCUGUGUUUCACUUGCUGUUCUCAUUGCAAACUUCAAUCUUGCAAGAAUUUCAAUCUAUAUUUUCCUUCAGUUUGGAGGAUACAAAUAAAUAGGACAAUUAAUAGGACAUAAGCUGUUAUCUUUUGUGAACCUGUAACACAGAUUUGUUUCAUCUUAUUAAUAAAAGUGCUCUUGGGGAA